AUGGAUCCGGGGCACCACAUGGGCCACGCCCGGCACUUGGGCCCGCCUCACUACGGCGCUCCGGGUCCGGUGGUCGCUCCUUUGUAUCCAUCCAUGACAACGCCUACGCAAUCCCAUACGCCCCAUGGAGCACCGAAAAGACCGAGACCAGACGAGCUUGACUUGUCCGUUCCCGGAAUCGAUCUUGAACAGACGGACCUCGAGACCAUGCAGCAGACUCCUCUGGGUACCGCCUAUGCACAGGCGACCCAGCAAGUCCAGGCUCCUACGCAUCAUCACCACCGACUACCCGAUACAGGACCCCCUUCCAAGAUGAUGAGGCGUGAUGGUGACGGCGGAGACAGAGGCGGUGCCCCGAGCGUCGUGGGACAAGCAGGCAUGCCGACUCCGGCACCGAGGCCAAGGGGGCCGAAGCUAAAGUUUACACCCGAAGACGACCAGCUCCUGAUCGAUCUGAAAGAGAACAAAUCCCUAACAUGGAAGCAAAUCGCGGAUUUCUUCCCGGGGAGAUCAUCAGGAACACUCCAGGUGCGCUAUUGUACGAAGCUCAAAGCUAAGACCACCCAAUGGACCGACGAAACGGACCAAAAGCUUCGCACCGCGCUGCAAGACUACGAGAAUGAGAAGUGGCGCAUCGUUGCUAACAAGGUCGGAACUGGCUUCACCCCUGCUGCCUGCCGAGAACGCACGCAGGAGUUAAUGGGCGGCCCUCCCUUAUAGCAUUCAAUGUCUCCACCGGGAACUUCUGAGCCCCCGGCUGGAGACACAAUCUACACGCAGCAGCUUCAGUGAUGAAGAGGAGCUUGCCUUUAGCGAUGAUCUCCAUCAUGCAACUUGGAACGACACGACCCAUCCGGAGCAUUCAGAUCGACCUCCACGAACACCGUCCUCCCACUUCGACUCAGCGAGCUGGUAGGGGAGGAAGAUCUGCAACAAUUUACCCGACGUCUUUUCAUGUAACAGCUUGGGUUCGAAAAGCACAGAGAACGCAAGGCCCGAAGAAUUGCGCCAGCUCUUCCUCGAACCACCGAGGCCAUAAAUACUUCUUCGCCUUGUUCACUUCGGCUUCUACCUCAUACCUGCGACUCUCGAGUGGCAUUGUCCUUUUGUUUUGCUGGAUUCCCCAUCCGCCUAAUUCUAGAGAUACCCCCGAACACCACGGGUCACCUUUUUUUACUUCAUCUUUUUCUCGACCUACUCCUUUAUCUCGACUCAUGACACAACGCAC